AUGGAACCAAAAGUUGAAGCAACUGAACUGGAAUAUAGAUCCGGAAUUUGCGGGCUUAAACCCGGUGAUAUCGGGUUCGACGAUAUCCACGGACUAAUCUCCGCACCACCACCGCCGCCGGAGACCAGCAGCUCCUUCACUGCGCUUCUCGAACUUCCGGCGCCACAAGCAGUUGAGCUCUUGGUGAACUCUUUGGAAGUCGCCGACGAAUUUCCGGCGAAACCCGACAUAGCUCAUUUUCCCCCGCCGCAAAUUUUUCCUUCCAAUAUUGCCCUAAUUGACCAUGCUUCAAAGUUUUCUUCCUUACCUUUGGCUGAUAAUUCGUCUGAAAAUUACUCAUUGCUGUCCGUUUCGAGCUCAAAGAAGCUCGAUAUUGUCAAGCAAGAACAAAUGGACUCGGAUUCGAACCCGAAUGGUUCUUCGCCGGCGAUUUCUGACCAGAUUUUGAAGUCCAGUAAGAGGAAGGAACGGGAGAAAAAGGUUAAAGAAUCGAAUAAGAAGAGCAAAAAAGUGGUACAAAAUGAAUCCUAUGAAGAAGGCGGAGAGAAGCUGCCAUACGUUUAUGUCAGAGCUCGCCGUGGCCAAGCCACGGAUAGCCAUAGCUUAGCUGAAAGAGCUAGGAGAGAGAAGAUCAAUGCCCGAAUGAGGCUACUGCAAGACAUGGUCCCAGGAUGUAAAAAGAUUUCAGGUACUGCAAUGGUGCUAGAUGAGAUAAUAAAUCACGUGCAAACCCUUCAAUCUCAAGUGGAGUUAUUAUCUAUGAAACUUGCCGCGGCAACCCCAAGAUUUGAUUUCAACCCCGACACUCUCUUGGCUGCAGAAAGUGGAUCCCUGAUGGAUAGUAGUCAUCCGGGCAUGUUUACACCAUCAGUCUGGCCUGAGGGACAAAUCAACGGGAACAGCCAACAAAGUCAACAGUUGUGGCAUUUCGAUGGACUUCAACCUGUCUGGGGUGGAGAAGAAAACAACUCUAACUUCAUUACUCCGGAUAACUCAUUUUUAAGUUAUGACACUUCAAGAAAUUCAGCUGCAGCUUCUUUACACUCAAGUCAGUAA